AUGAAGAUGUGGCUGACAUUUCUUCUCAUAAUCAUUGAAGCACAGACGUCUGUGACUGAGAAAUCAGCUUCCAAGUCUGCUGAUAUUGUUUUUUUGGUAGCUAGCAGCAACACAUCUUCCCGCCAUAUAAAAACAUUUAUGAACAAAGCAAUCAACAGUUUACCUCUAGGGCCUAAUGAGUCUCGGGUCGCACUUGCCCAGUACAAUGAUCAGAUAUACAAUGAAUUCCAUCUGGAUACCUAUAAAGGGAAGAAUCCAAUGCUGAAUCAUAUCAAAAACAAAAUGACAUUCAGAGGCGGUCCCUUGAAAACUGGCAGUGCUCUCCGCACAAUUCAUGAGGAUUUUUACUGGAAACCAACUAUUGGGAAAGACAGAACCAAAAUUUUAGUAGUGAUUACAUCUCAACCAUCUGAGGACGACAUAGCAGAAGCUGCUCAAAUGUUAAAGAAAGCUGGAGUAAAGGUCAUUGCUUUGGGAAUAGAGGAUGCUUCUUAUGAUGAACUCAUUCUGAUGGCCACAAAACCAUUUUACUUCUAUUUUCCUAGAAAUGAAGAACUCAAUUUAUUUUCCCAGAACAUUUCUGGGAUCAUUGCUGAUGCUGUUGAAAUAGGUAAUAACAACUCUGAUCUAUCCAAUGUCACAUCUGCUAACAAAGUGAACAAUGGAACUGCAUUAGAAGCUUGUGAUGGUGAUGCGGUUGCUGAUGUGGUGUUCAUAGUGGAUGCAAGUUCUCCGCAAACAAAAUUUAAGAAGAUUCAACUCUUCUUAGAAGAUCUGGUGUCUUCCUUGGAUGUGAGAGAGAAAUGCAUUAGGGUUGGCUUUGUGACAUAUAGCACUAAGCCUAUGGCAGUAUCUUUACUGAGAAUGUCAAUGGACAAGACUCAUGUUCUACAGUCCAUACAGAGCCUUUCUCCCCAGGCAGGAAAGUCAAACACUGGUUCUGGCAUUCAGUUUGCAAGAGAAAAAGUUUUCACCAAAAGUGCAGGAAGUAGGAAGUCUCAAGGGGUAGAACAAAUCGCUGUUUUGAUCACCCAUAGGUCUUCAGAAGAUAGAGUGAGUGACGCAGCAACAGUUCUCAGAAGGGCUGGUGUGACUAUAUUUGCCAUUGGCAUUGAAGGGGCUAAUGCCACUCAGCUAGCCCAGAUAGCGGCUUACCCACCAUACCAAUACAUUACUAACCUAAAAACAUUUUCUCAUUUACCUCGCAAAACUCAAAGUUUUCAUAAGAAGAUUGUGAAUCAAAUACAGCAGACACUCUAUCUGAACACCAAACGGACAGAACUUCUCAAAAGAGGAUGUGUAGAUACAGAAGAAGCUGAUAUUUAUUUUCUCAUUGAUGGUUCAUCAAGCCUGGACUAUUUUGACUUUGGGGAUCUAAAAUUGUUUCUGAAAGAAGUGAUUAAAUUUUUUGUGAUUGGACCAAAUAAAGUUCGGUUUGGAGUUGUACAGUAUGGAGAAAACAGUGAGCUGGAAUUCGGACUUGAGGAAUAUGGCAAAACAAGUGAUAUCUUAAAAGCCAUUGAUAACAUCCGCCAAACAGGUGGGAGCCCCAACACGGGGGCAGCUUUGACUUUCAUUCAACUCUUGAUAAGCAAGUCCCAGCGUCUGCAUCCCAGAAGUGUGCCCUGCUAUUUGAUUUUAUUAACAGCCAAGACAUCGGAGGACCAGGUGGAAAAGCCUGCCGAAAGGGUUAGGAAUGAGGUGGUCGACAUUUAUGCCAUUGGUGUUGGACAUGCCAACGAGUCACAGAUUUAUGAGAUUGUGAAGUCCAAGGACAGAGCUUACUUUGUGAAUGAUUUUGCCUCUCUGAAGCAUAUAAAGAAUGAAGUUGUUCAAGAUAUCUGUGCUGUAGAAGCCUGCAAGGAAAAGAAGAGUGACAUUUUGUUUCUGGUGGAUAGCUCUGAAAACAUAAGCCCUGAGGAUUUCUUGAAAAUGAAGAACUUCAUGAGCGAGUUGGUGAACAAAUCAGAUGUCGGGCCAGGCCGCGUGCAUUUUGGUGCUCUGCAGUUCAGCAGCAAAACCAAAGAGGAAUUCCGGCUCAACGAAUACUCAACCAAAAGCGAUGUCAUCAAUGCAAUUGGAAGGAUGUCUCUUAUGGGACAGAACAUGGUCACUGGGGGAGCAUUGCAGUUUGUGCUGGAUUACUUCAAACCCACUAAAGGAGCACGGCCGUAUGUCAAAAAAAUUCUUAUUCUUAUCACAGACGGGGAAGCAGAGGAUGAAGUGAAAAUUCCCGCAGAAACUUUGCGAGAGGAAAACAUCAUUGUAUAUUCUGUAGGGGGGUUUAAUGCCAAUAAAACACAGCUGAUAGAGAUAAGUGGGAAGCCGGAGAUGGUGUUUUAUGUGGAGGACUUUGAUGUUCUAAAGCACUUAGAAGGUGAAAUCCUCUUUGGAAUAUGUAGUCCUUAUGAUGAGUGCAGAAGGAUAGAACUUCUAGAUAUUGUUUUCAUCAUUGAUGGUUCUGGAAGUAUAGAUCCCAAAGAGUAUGAUAUUAUGAAAGACUUCAUGAUUGCCUUGGUAAAAAAAUCUGAUGUUGGCCAUGACCGAGUUCAAUUUGGAGCUGUCAAAUAUUCAGCUGAGCCAGAAACCUUUUUCUAUCUGAAUGACUAUGGGUCCAAAUCAGCCAUCAUUAAGGCUAUCCAAAAUGAUAAAUCUAUUGGAGAAACAACGUAUACCGCCAAAGCAUUGCGCCACUCAGAAAGCCUUUUCUCUGAGGAACAUGGCAGCCGCAAAUACAAAGGUGUCCCCCAGGUUCUUAUAGUGAUAACUGAUGGGGACUCCCAUGAUGCAUCAGAACUUGAUGAGGUGUCAAGGAGACUCAGGGCGAACGGCAUUGUCAUCUAUGCUAUUGGGAUAGAGAGAGCAAGGCCAGAUGAGCUUUUGACCAUGGCAGGAUCAGAAGAUAAAUAUUUCUAUGUAAAUACAUUUGAAGGACUGAAACACCUGCAUUCCAAUGUGUCACAUAAGAUAUGCAGUGUUUCAAAACCAGAAUGUGGAAUUCCAGCUGAUUUAGUAUUUCUUAUUGAUGGGUCUAACAGUAUAAGUGACAGUGACUUUACUAAGAUGAAGAAUUUUUUGCAAGAUGUGAUUCGCCCAUUCAACACUGGUCACAAUGUACAAGUUGGCAUUGCUCAGUAUAGUGAUAGGUACCAGGAAGAAUUCAGACUGAAUAUUUUCCAGCGGAAAUCUGAACUCGAAACUCAAAUUGGACAAAUCAGACAGAUGGAAGGACUUCAAACGUACAUUGGUGCAGCUCUUGAGCGAGUGAAGAGCUACUUUACACCAGAAGGUGGCAGCAGAAUAAAUGAAAACAUCCAACAGAUUUUGCUGGUGAUCACAGAUGGCCGAUCACAUGACAAAGUCUCUAAAGUGGCAGAAGAUCUGAGAAAGAAAGGUGUUGACAUAUACGCCAUAGGAGUAGGGAGAAUUGACCAGUUGCAGCUUAGUCAGAUAGCUGGCUCCUCAGACAGGAAAUACACAGUUGACAAUUUCAGUGAACUGAAGGUAAUUAAAAAAAGACUAGUUGAUGAUAUUUGUGAGGAAGAAGAUACAACAACAUGCUUCAUGGAUGUUGUUGUGGGAAUAGAUGUCUCCUCACAAAGUCAAGGCGACCCGGUAUUCCAUGGACAGUACCAGCUGGAAACUCAUUUUCCUCAGAUCAUAAAUGCCCUCACAUACUUAACAGGUGUCAGUUGUAAUGCCAGAUCACACUCACAAACCAGUGUGGCAGUGAAGGUGAGAAACACAGACCCGCCUGUGGUAUCAAAGUUUCAAAUUGACAGCGAGAAACUUUUGAACAGUCUUGUGGGCACCACCAUCAGGAAUGCAUCUCACCUCAAUGCAGAGUUCUUGGAUUCACUUUGGGAAACAUUCCAAAUCAAAUCUACAGAUCGAAGGAAGGUACUACUUGUGUUUUCGGAUGGCUUGGAUGACAACGUAGAAGUCCUGGAACAUAAAUCAGAAGAACUCAGGAAAAGAGGGUUGGAUGCACUGAUAACUGUCGGUCUGGAAGGAGCUUCAAAUUUUAAUGAGCUCCAGUAUAUUGAAUUUGGAAAAGGAUUUGGAUACAAGACACAGCUGACUAUAGGCAUGAGAAAUAUUGCCAGCCAGUUGUCCAAGUAUGUGACCAAUGUUGCCGAACGGACAUGUUGCUGUGUGUUUUGUAAAUGUACUGGUGAAGAAGGAGACCGUGGAGAGCAAGGAAGACGUGGGAUGAAGGGUGGUCCAGGCAUUCAAGGAAGUCAAGGACACCUGGGAGAUGAAGGUGAACCUGGAUCAAGAGGGUUGCCUGGACCAACUGGAGAUAAAGGCUACAUGGGCUGUCAAGGUAACAGAGGUCCCAAGGGGCAGAGAGGAAUAAUUGGGCGAAAGGGAAACAAAGGGGAGGAAGGAACGGAUGGCAUUAAUGGAGAACCAGGCCCUCCUGGACAUCCAGGAAUGAAAGGAGAAAAUGGUGAUGCAGGCUAUCAGGGCAGCCCAGGACCUAAGGGAGUUAUUGGUGAACGUGGUGAGAAAGGUUUUCGGGGAGAUCGUGGUAUCCCUGGAGCAGAUAAUAACUUAGCAGGACCAAGAGGUUUAGGAGGAGAAAGAGGGAGAGAGGGCGAGAGAGGACCAACCGGCCCUUCAGGAUUUCCAGGCUCCGAAGGAAGCAGAGGAUGGCAAGGUCAAAAAGGACAACAUGGCCCACAGGGAAGAAAAGGAUCCCCUGGUUCCAAUGGUGUUCCUGGGCAGCAUGGAUUUAAAGGUCCACAGGGUGAAAGAGGAAUUCGAGGGAGGAAAGGAAUUAGAGGCGAUGAAGGAAACAAAGGAUUUCCAGGUCAUCCAGGAGUGACAGGUACAAAAGGCAUUCCUGGAAGAUGGGGAACCCAAGGGAAUAAGGGAGAGGUCGGUGAUCCUGGAUUGAAAGGGGAAAGUGGACUACCUGGACUCUGGGGAUUCAGGGGAGAUGAUGGUGCCAUUGGGUAUGGUGGGCCAGGACAUAAAGGAGUAAAGGGGGAAAGGGGAUUUCCUGGACCCAUCGGACAGAAGGGUACUGUUGGCAACAAUGGAAUACCGGGAGAACCUGGGACAAAAGGGAUCCGUGGGCAAGCGGGCCCUGAAGGUUCUGCUGGCCUGAAGGGGACACCAGGAGAUCAUGGUCCUCCAGGACGCAAGGGCGUUAAAGGAGCCAAGGGCGGUGCUUCCCUUUCACCAUGCAAGCUCAUUGCUUAUAUUCGGGAACACAGCUCUUGCUACAAAGGAACACCAGAAUGCCCCGCAUAUCCCACUGAAUUAGUAUUUGCCCUGGACGUCUCGCAAGACACCACCCACCAGCUCUUUCAACAUAUGAAGAAGAUUGUCAUAGAGACUGUGAAUGGUAUCAAAAUCAGGGAGAGCAAUUGCCCAGUGGGAGCCAGAGUGGCCAUUGUGUCCUACAGCUCUGAUACCCGCUAUUUGGUCCGCUUCUCGGAAUUCCGCAGCAAGAGCCGGUUGCUCCAAGAAGUCAAUGCACUUUCAUACCAGAGAUCAACAAGCAGACGGGACCUUGGUGGGUCAAUGAGAUUCGUUGCCAGGAACAUCUUCAAGCGAACUCUCCAGGGUGACAACGUGAGGAAAGUUGCUGUGUUUUUCAGUAAUGGCCAAUCUGUCAAUCCAGUUUCCAUCAACACAGCAGUUAUUGAGUUCAGUGCAUUGAACAUUGUUCCAGCAGUCAUUGCUUUUAAUAAUAUCUUGGACAUCAAUCAAUCCUUUGCGAUGGAUGAUUCUGGACAGUAUCAAGUCAUUGCCUUUCCAAGCAAGGGAGAUUACACAACAUUUUUACAUAAGCUCCAGUUGUGCACCCUUUGUUAUGAUAAAUGUAAACCAGAUGUAGCUUGUGCCAGGAGAACUCAGCCACAGGAGGCAUACGUGGAUGCCGUUUUCAUUUUGGAUAGCUCACAGAAGAUUGAUCCUCGUGAAUUUGAGAAGAUGAAGGACUUCUUAAGUAGCUCACUUGAUCACUUUGAUGUCUCCUCUGAGCCUGCAACGUCUUCCGUAGGUGACAGGAUAGCUUUGGUGAGCCAUGCCCCACCAGCUUUUCAACCCCACCUUCAGAAUUCUCCAGUAAAGGUAGAGUUCGACUUGAUAACAUACCGUGAGAAAGAGGUGAUGAAAAAGCAUAUCCAAGAAUCUGUUCAACAGCUGGGUGGAGUAGUCGCAGUCGGUCAUGCCAUCCAGUGGACUAUUAACAAUAUUUUCUCCGAAGUCCCCAGCCCAAGGAAACACAAGAUGAUCACUGUGAUAUCUGCUGGGGAAACAAGCCCAUGGGAUAAAGAGUUAUUAAAGAAAAUUUCUCUGAGGGCCAAGUGCCAAGGCUAUAUCCUCUUGGUUCUUUCUCUGGGACCGACCUACAAUCACACUGAACUUGAGGACCUGGCAAGUCUACCUUUGGAGCAACACUUGAUCCAGCUUGGCAGAAUUCAUCAGCCUGAACUGAAAUAUGCCCAGAUGUUCCUCAAAGCAUUUCUACACCUUCUUCGGAAUAAAACCAAUGAUUAUCCACCUGUUGAACUCAAAGCAAAAUGUACCAAGAUCAUGCAUCAAAGAACUAGAUAUGCAUCAAGGAGUCUCAGUCUCGUGUAA